AUGCAAGACUAUAGCACCUGCCAGUCGGGAUUUACAAGAAAACGAUAUCGAUGUUUAUGUGCGUCUGUAUUCACUGGCCACGAUUGUGAAAAAGGUAUCACUUAAAAACAUGAUUAUAGAAAAGAAUUUUGUUCUUGAUUUUAACACAGUAGACUAUUUCCUCAGAGGGUUCAAGAUUUAGAAUCGGUUGUUCUUAUGACAACAAAUUAAAUAUGACCCAUUGUUAGGGAAAACAAGGAUGGGGGUGCAAUUUCAAUUUUCAUGCUCUUUUUCUCAACCCGGGGUAUUGUCUCUUGUUUAGGAUAAACAGGAAGUAACUGAACCCACUUCCCUUAAGUGUUGCACCCAUUUUCUAUUUCAAAGACGCUCCUGCUUCUUUGAAGUUGCAGUCUCAUCCCAACCAAUCAUAGGCAUUUAGUGCCGCGGAAAAUUGAGCGAAGAAUUUUCCUCUCCGCAGCCCCUCACUCGACAAUGCUGACAAAUUGCAUAACGCAUCACAUAAUUUUAAACGUUGAUGAGUGUGUGGCGAGAAUGCUAGUUGUACAAAUACCGAGGGAUCUUGCAACUGCUCUUGUAAUCCUGGGUUCAACGGGGAUGGUGUUAGUCUUAGAUAAAUAUCUAGGAAUUUAUAGAAUACCUAGUCAUGCUUAUAUGCGUGAUGACAUGGAAAGUUUUAGAACAUUCUAUUAUGUCACGUAGUCAUGAUGUAAUACUACCAAAAUAGUUGUGUUGUAAGCUUCCGGAAUAUUCUAAAACACUUUUUAAAUGCAUAUGUAUAUGAGGACUCAUUCGUGUAGUAGUAGUAAUAGUAGUUGCUGCUGCUGGGAGUUACCAAGCUACUAAGCUACUGUUGAAGCUUGUUCAUUUCGAGAAACUUUGGAGACAACUUUGGUACAGACUACAGUGGCUUAAGUAAGGUGCCUUUAGGAACCGCUCCUCAUUAAGAACAUUACAAGUUGUUUAAUGAAGUGGUUGAGUUUGUAGGAUUGUAGUGUUCUUUCUUUCGGUUAGAUUGUACAGUAACAAUAUACAUUAAUGCAAAGAUAUAAUCCUGCAAAGCAUGAUCUUAAACAGAAAAAUUACAAGUGCAUUCUUUACUCACUAAAAGCGCCCCUGAGCCCCAUGUGUAAUUCUAGUCGGUAGAAAAAAUAUACGUAUACUUUCGUUAAAUAAACUCAUCCUCUUCUCAUUGUUAUUCUUUAUCGCCAUACCUGAAAGAGAAUCCUGAUUUGAUUUCAGACAUUGACGAGUGUUCUAAAAACAGCCAUAACUGCAGCUACACAACAGCCACCUGCACCAAUACCAGGGGAUCAUUCAAGUGCAUUUGUAAACCUGGAUUCAGUGGUGACGGACACAACUGCACAGGUACUGAACAUUAUUUGGAGCAUGAUGUUUUGUUAUAUCACCGCAAUAAACUUAUGCAACUGGCCGAGAUAGUGUCAUUAUACAUGCGAUGGUCAUAUACUGGAGCCCUUUCUCCCCUUUUCCCCUUCAGCUUAGGUGUUCGUAAUCAUGAUCAUGAGUACAGUGUGUUGAUUCCAAUUCAGACAUCAAUGAAUGUGCCAAUGAUACCCACAACUGCAGCAGGGACAAUGCCACUUGUUCAAACACCGCUCGCUCAACUGUUCUUGCAAUCCUGGAUUUACUGGUGAUGGACACAUCUGCCAAGGUAAAAUCUUACACAUCACAUUUCACGCCACUUAGCCCCUAUGACGUUUAUAUAAGCACAGGCGUUUCAACGUUGUGUUAACAUCGUGCAUCACGGAUUUCUGUGCAGCUUAUAGGGUUCAUUUCAGACAUCGGUGUUAAGAAUACCUCUAACAGUAGCAACGAAAACGCUACUUGUAAAACUUCCGAGGGAUCUUCGAAGAGUACAUGUAAACUUGUAUUCAGUGGGGAUGGAUACUACUGUACAAAUAACGAGUUCUCUCGUUAAAAGAACCCUUAAUAUCUUGCUCUCUGUGGUAGAAGUCCGUUUGAUGAUCAGAUAAUACUUUACUCUUUUUUUCUCUAUUAGUUAAAGAAUUAUUGUUUGUUAAAUUUGAUCAGUGGGCGUCGUCGUCGUAUAGAGCGGUUUUUUAAAAAUUUAAAUAUUCUAUAUAUAUAUAUAUAUAUAUUUCUUUUUUUUUUUUUAAUUAUUCUCUCCCUAAAAUCAUGGUGGCAUAUAUCAUUGUGUUGAUUUGAUCUCAGACAUAG